UGUAUUCAGCAUUUCACUGUAAGGUCUACCUACACCUGUUGUAUUCAGCAUUUCACUGUAAGGUCUACCUAAACCUGUUGUAUUCAGCAUUUCACUGUAAGGUCUACCUACACCUGUUGUAUUCAGCAUUUCACUGUAAGGUCUACCUACACCUGUUGUAUUCAGCAUUUCACUGUAAGGUGUAUGUAUUCACUGUAUAAAUGAUUUCCCCCUCAGAUCAAUCAUUCCCAUUACAGCCCUUCAGUCUACAUUUUCAGUUGUCAGUGGUCUAAAAUGACUCUCUCUAGGGAGAGAGAGGAGGGUGGCCCUGCCUCUAAAAUGAGACUCUCUGGGGAACAUGACACCACAGAUAAAAGCCCAAUCAAACAGGAGAGACCAGCCUCCCCUGUGCCCAGCGGUCUGUCCAUGAAGAGUGACCGGUCUAUGGGUACACCUAUACGGUUUAGAGAGGGAGACUUUUCUACUGAACAAAGAAACCAACAGGAGAGAUCAGAGUCAGAGAUUCUCAGUGGUCAGUCUUCCCAGAGUCAGCAAACAGACCUGAAACAACACCGAGUGACCUCAUCAAAUGAACUUGCUGUGAUUUGCCAACGUGAACUCAAAUCUAAUCUGAAGAAGAAGUUUCGAUGUGUAUUUGAGGGGAUCGCUAUACAAGGAAACCCAACACUUCUCAAUAAGAUCUACACAGAGCUCUACAUCACAGAGGGUGGAACAGGAGAGGUCAAUAAUGAACAUGAGCUGAGACAGAUUGAGACAACAACCAGGAAACAAGCAAGACCAGAGACUGCAAUCAAAUGUAAUGACAUCUUCAAGCCCUUAACUGGACAAGACAAACUUAUCAGAACUGUGCUGACAAAGGGAGUCGCUGGCAUUGGAAAAACAGUCUCUGUGCAGAAGUUCAUUCUGGACUGGGCUGAAGGAAAAGCAAAUCAGGAUGUCCAAUUUGUAUUUUCAUUCCCUUUUCGGGAGCUGAAUUUGAUGAAAGAGAAAAAACACACUUUGAUUGAACUUCUCAAUCACUUCUCAAUGGAAACCAAAGAAUCAAGAAUCUCCAACUACGACAAGUACAAAGUUCUGUUCAUCUUUGAUGGUCUGGAUGAGUGCCGACUGCCCCUAGACUUCCAGAACAACAAAAUCUGUUGUGACGUCACAGAGUCAACCUCAGUGGAUGUUCUGCUGACAAAUCUCAUCAAGGGAAAUCUGCUUCCCUCUGCUCUCCUCUGGAUAACUACCCGACCUGCAGCAGCCAAUCAGAUCCCUUCAGGUUGUGUUGACCAGGUGACAGAGGUACGAGGGUUCAAUGACCCACAGAAGGAGGAGUACUUCAGGAAGAGGUUCAGUGAUGAGGCCCUGGCCAGCAGAAUCAUCUCACACAUAAAGACAUCAAGGAGCCUCCACAUCAUGUGCCACAUUCCAGUCUUCUGUUGGAUUUCUGCAACAGUCCUUGAAGACAUGCUGAAACAUAAGAGAGAAGAGAUGCCCAAGACUCUGACUGAGAUGUACACACACCUUGUGGUGUUUCAUACCAAACAGAAGAAUGAAAAGUAUCUUGGGAAAGAAGAGACAGGUCCAGACUGGAAUAAAGAGAGCAUUCUGUCACUGGGAAAACUGGCUUUUCAACAGCUUGUGAACGGCAAUCUGAUUUUCUAUGAAGAAGACCUGAAAGAGGCUGGAAUUGAUGUCAAUGAAGCCUCAGUGUACUCAGGAUUGUGCACGCAGAUCUUUAAAGAGGAAUGUGGGCUGUACCAGGACAAGGUGUACUGCUUCGUGCAUCUGAGCAUUCAGGAGUUUCUGGCUGCUGUAUAUGUGUUCCUCUCAUUCAUCAACAACAAUGAAAAUCUAAUGGCCGAACCUCAAACAACGUCCAGUAACGAUUUUCUACUGAAGACAGAAGUUACUGUCUACAAGAGUGCUGUGGAUGAAGCCUUACAAAGUGAGACAGGAAACCUGGACCUUUUCCUCCGCUUCCUUCUGGGCCUCUCACUGGAGUCCAAUCAGAAGUACUUACGAGGUCUGCUGACAAAGACAAGAAGCAGCUCACGGAGCCAUGAAGAAACAGUCAAGUACAUCAAGGAGAAGAUCAGGGAGAAUCCCUCUCCAGAGAGGUGCAUCAAUCUGUUCCACUGUCUGAAUGAACUGAAUGACCAUUCUCUAGUGGAGGAGAUCCAAAGCUACCUGAGAUCAGGAAGUGUCUCCAGUGAUGAACUCUCACCUGCACAGUGGUCAGCUCUGGUCUUUGUGUUGCUGACUUCAGAAAAGGAGCUGGAUGUGUUUGACCUGAAGAAAUACUCCAGAUCAGAGGAAGGUCUUCUGAGGCUGCUGCCAGUGGUCAAAGCCUCCAGAGUUUCUCUGCUGUCAGGCUGUGGAGUCACAGAGGAAGGCUGUGCUUCUCUGGUCUCAGCUCUGGAGUCAAAUCCCUCACACCCAAGAGAGCUGGAUCUGAGUAACAAUGACCUGAAGGAUUCAGGAGUGAAGCUGCUCUUUGCUGGACUGGGGAAUCCCCACUGUAAACUGGAGACUCUGAGGCUGUCAGGCUGUGGAGUCACAGAGGAAGGCUGUGCUUCUCUGGUCUCAGCUCUGAGGUCAAACCCCUCACACCUGAGAGAGCUGGACCUGAGUAACAAUGACCUGAAGGAUUCAGGAGUGAAGCUGCUCUCUGCUGGACUGGGGAAUCCCCACUGUAAACUGGAGACUCUGAGGCUGUCAGGCUGUCUAGUCACAGAGGAAGGCUGUGCUUCUCUGGUCUCAGCUCUGAGGUCAAACCCCUCACACUUGAGAGAGCUGGACCUGGGCUACAAUCACCCAGGAGACUCAGGAGUCAGACUGCUAUCUGCUGGACUGGAGGAUCCACACUGCAGACUGGAGAAACUCAAUGUGGAACAUGGUGGAGAGUACGCAAUGAAACCUGGCCUUAGAAAAUAUGCAUGUGAUCUCACACUGGACCCAAACACAGCACACAGACUCCUCUCUCUGUCUGAGGAGAACAGAAAGGUGACACGGAGGAGACAGGAGCAGCCAUAUCCUGAUCACCCAGAGAGAUUUGGCUACAGGAAGCAGGUGCUGUGUAGAGAGGGUCUGACUGGGCGCUGUUACUGGGAGGUAGAGUGGAGUGGGAGAAGGGCUGUUAUAGGAGUGACAUAUAAAGGAAUCAGCAGGAGAGGAGAGGGUGAGGACAGUCUGAUUGGAUGGAAUGACAAGUCCUGGAGUCUGGUCUGCUCUGACAACCUUUACACUGCCUGGCACAAUACUAAUUCCACUACCAUAGCCGUCCCCCCCUCCAGCUCCCACAGAGUAGGAGUGUAUCUGGACUGGCCAGCCGGCACUCUGUCCUUCUACAGAGUCUCCUCUGACACACUGACCCACCUGUACACAUAUCAAACCACAUUCACUGAGUCCCUCUAUCCAGGGUUUCUUGUUUAUGACUCCUCAGUGUCCUUGUGUCAGGUGGUCCCUGUGUCAAACACAACAUGAUGUUUCCGUCUAAUCCUGGUCAUGUUCAGUAAGACACACUGGAGCAACAAUGUAGAAUAGCUCUCUAGUGUGUAAACAUGUGAUUGUAAAUAUUCAUGAAUAAACACCAUUGACGUUGUGAAACACAACUUGGACCUGCUGACGUCUGAGCGCGACAUAUGUUUGUUGUUGGGAACUGAAAGCUGAACGAGAGGUCUAUUGUUUUUGUAAAGCUGACCGUGUUUUUAUAUUAUUUUAUGAUCCUGCAGCACUGUUGGGCUUAGCUUCUGUUAGUGCUGCUGUCUGUCCUGGGAUCCUGCAGCACUGUUGGGCUUAGCUUCUGUUAGUGCUGCUGUCUGUCCCGGGAUCCUGCAGCACGGUUGGGCUUAGCUUCUGUUAGUGCUGCUGUCUGUCCCGGGAUCCUGCAGCACUGUUGGGCUUAGCUUCUGUUAGUGCUGCUGUCUGUCCCGGGAUCCUGCAGCACGGUUGGGCUUAGCUUCUGUUAGUGCUGCUGUCUGUCCCGGGAUCCUGCAGCACGGUUGGGCUUAGCUUCUGUUAGUGCUGCUGUCUGUCCCGGGAUCCUGCAGCACGGUUGGGCUUAGCUUCUGUUAGUGCUGCUGUCUGUCCCGGGAUCCUGCAGCACUGUUGGGCUUAGCUUCUGUUAGUGCUGCUGUCUGUCCUGGGAUCCUGCAGCACUGUUGGGCUUAGCUUCUGUUAGUGCUGCUGUCUGUCCUGGGAUCCUGCAGCACUGUUGGGCUUAGCUUCUGUUAGUGCUGCUGUCUGUCCCAGGAUCCUGCAGCACGGUUGGGCUUAGCUUCUGUUAGUGCUGCUGUCUGUCCCGGGAUCCUGCAGCACGGUUGGGCUUAGCUUCUGUUAGUGCUGCUGUCUGUCCUGGGAUCCUGCAGCACUGUUGGGCUUAGCUUCUGUUAGUGCUGCUGUCUGUCCCGGGUAUUGCAAUGUUUUUAAAAUUGUAUAAACUGCCUUAAUUUUACUGGACCCCAGGAAGUAGAGAUGCUGCCUUGGCAGCUAAUGGGGAUCCACAAUAAAUAUAAACACAAAAUAAAAAUACAACAUGGCGUUUCCCUUUAAUCAUGGUUCAGUAUGACAUCAUGGUUCAGUAUGACAUUAUGGUUCAGUACGACAUCAUGGUUUAGUAUGACAUCAUGGUUCAGUACGACAUCAUGGUUCAGUAUGACAUAAUGGUUCAGUAUGACAUCAUGGUUCAGUACGACAUCAUGGUUCAGUACGACAUCAUGGUUCAGUACGACAUCAUGGUUCAGUACGACACUCUUAGAAUAGCUCUCUAGUGUGUAAACUUAUGAUUGUAAAUAUUCAUGAAUAAACACCAUUGAAGUUGACAGACAUUGUCAACUGGAGUCUAAUAUAAUUAAUCACCACACUGUGUUGUAAAACUGUUUUCAUUUAGAAAUCAUUGAUCUUGUUGUUAUUGGGCUUUUUGAUGUUUGUACAUAUUGUUGUCUGUAGAAUGUUUAUUUGUCAAAUUCUUGAUGCAACAAUCUUGUUUGUGUUUAAACUCAAUUCCACUGAAUGAAAUGUACAUGUGACAGAUGUGACUAAUAAAGUUAAUCAACCAGA